AUGGCAGACCAUACGAUAUAUCACUCUCUCGGUCAGGGCACCGUUCCCGCUGAAGACCCUUCGAAUCCGGAUCGAAUGGCUCACCAACUUCCUCCGCAAUCCCAACCUGCUGCAGGAUUUGCUCCCGGUCCUUAUCUUCCCCAACCUGGGGCUUACUACGGGAGUCCUCCCCCGCAACAAUAUGGUGCUCCUGCAGCUGCAGCAGCACCACCACAUCAGCUGCAGCCUCCACCUCCGCGGGGUCUAGCCCCUAGUCCUCAACUUGCCUACAGUACGGAGGCACAGCCACAUAUGGGAGCUCCUGCAGACCCGGCAAUGGCGGGAUUGGCUUCGCAGAUGAGUGGCCUGGGUAUAAUGGGAGAGAGCGGGGCCCGCUCAGGGAAGAAGAAACAUCGGCAUGCACACCAUGAUAUCGGAGGUGCCACCGCUCCAGGUCCUCAGCAAUUUGCCGGAGUGCCACCCGCAGGCGUGCAGCCAGGGUCCCAGUUCUUGAAUACGGGGUUGAACCAAGUGCCACGUCCAAUUUCACCCGCUGCUGGUGUUCCCCCGGCGGGCAUAGCUCCUCAGCCAGGUAUUCCAGGCACAGGCGCUGGCUCAGUCGCUACUCAAGGCAAAAUCGAUCCAGAGCAGAUCCCAAGUAUCCCUCGCUCUCGCGAUGUACCCGCGCAAUACUAUUUCAACCAUGUCUAUCCUACAAUGGAACGGCAUUUGCCCCCUCCCGCAGCUGUCCCCUUCGUGGCCCACGAUCAAGGAAACUCAUCCCCCAAACAUGCCCGGUUGACAUUGAACAACAUCCCCACCACCUCCGACUUUCUCACUUCCACCGGUCUGCCUCUAGGAAUGGUCCUACAACCCCUCGCUCGUCUUGACCCCGGCGAACCUGAGGUCCCAGUACUCGAUUUUGGCGAAAUGGGGCCUCCGCGAUGCCGGAGGUGUAGGGCUUACAUUAAUCCCUUUAUGACGUUCAAGUCUGGAGGAAAUAAGUUUGUCUGCAACAUGUGUGCCUUCCCCAACGAGGUAGCACCAGAAUACUUUGCCCCUCUGGAUAUGUCCGGGGCACGAGUUGACCGUCUGCAACGUCCGGAGUUGAUGAUGGGCACAGUUGAAUUCAUGGUCCCGAGGGAGUACUGGAACAAAGAGCCUGUUGGGCUCCAACGGCUUUUCUUGGUUGACGUCAGUCAAGAAUCCGUGAACAGAGGCUUCCUGAAAGGGGUAUGCAAAGGAAUUUUAGAUGCUCUGUACGGCGCGUCCGAUGAUUCCGAGGAUGACACAACGGCUCGUCGAGUUCCUAAAGGGUCAAAGGUUGGCAUUGUCACUUACGAUAGAGAAGUGCACUUUUACAAUCUCAGUGCACAGCUCGACCAGGCACAGAUGAUGGUGAUGACAGAUUUGGAAGAGCCAUUUGUUCCUCUGAGCGAGGGGCUAUUUGUAGACCCCUCUGAAUCCAAGAAUGUCAUUACUUCUCUGCUGCACCAAAUCCCCAAGAUGUUCUCCCACUUUAAAAAGCCAGAACCAGCUUUGCUUCCGGCUCUCAAUGCGGCGCUGUCUGCUUUGCAAGCCACUGGCGGAAAGAUAUUUGCCUCCAUAUGUAGCUUACCCACAUGGGGCCCCGGCGCGCUGCAUAUGAGAGACGACCCCAAGGUGCAUGGAACGGAUGCGGAAAGAAAGCUCUUUACCACGGACAACCAGGCAUGGAGAACAGCGGCUGGGAAAAUGGCUGAAGCCGGCAUUGGUGUAGACCUGUUCGUGGCGGCACCUGGCGGCACCUAUACGGAUGUAGCUACGAUCGGCCACGUUGCCGAAGUAUCUGGCGGGGAAACAUUCUUCUACCCCAAUUUCCAUGCUCCGCGGGACAUUCUGAAGCUUUCGCGGGAAUUCGCACAUGCCAUCACUCGUGAGACAGGCUACCAGGCAAUGAUGAAGGUCCGUUGCUCGAACGGUCUUCAGGUAUCGGCGUAUCAUGGUAACUUUAUACAACAUGCGCUUGGGGCCGACCUAGAGAUCGGGUCAAUCGAUGCCGACAAGGCGAUAGGUGUCAUCUUCAAUUACGACGGCAAGCUCGAUCCUAAAUUGGAUGCACAUUUCCAAGCCGCCUUGUUGUAUACGACGGCCGAGGGGCAGCGACGGGUGCGCUGUAUCAACGUGGUCGCCGCCGUCAACGAAGGAGGCUUGGAGACGAUGAAGUUUGUAGACCAGGAUGCGGUGGUGAGCAUUAUGGCUAAAGAGGCGGCUGCCAAAACGGUGGACAAAUCGCUCAAGGACGUCCGCGCCAGCAUCACAGAGAAGACCGUGGAUAUCUUUAGUGGUUAUCGCAAGAUCUUCUCUGGGUCUCACCCGCCCGGCCAACUUGUACUGCCCGAGAAUCUCAAGGAGUUUUCCAUGUACAUGCUAGGCCUGAUUAAAUCACGAGCAUUUAAGGGCGGCCAAGAGGCAUCGGACCGACGGAUUCACGACAUGCGGAUGUUACGCUCUAUCGGCACCACAGAACUAUCCCUGUACCUGUAUCCGCGGAUCAUUCCCAUCCAUAACAUGCAGCCAGAGGAUGGCUUCCCCAAUGAGCAAGGGCAACUGCAAGUGCCACCGUCUCUCCGGGCCAGCUUCUCCAAAAUUGAGGAGGGUGGAGCGUACCUGGUGGACAAUGGCCAAAUCUGUCUGCUGUGGCUGCACUCCCGGGUGUCUCCCAACCUGCUGGAAGACCUGUUUGGACCCGGGCAGUCAUCGCUUCAAGGACUCAACCCCCAGACGUCGUCCAUACCCGUGCUAGAGACCCAUCUGAAUGCGCAGGUGCGCAAUUUGCUGCAGUAUUUCUCAACCAUCCGGGGAUCCAAGGCCAUCGCGAUCCAAUUAGCACGGCAAGGGUUGGAUGGGGCCGAGUAUGAGUUUGCGCGGUUAUUAGUGGAGGACCGCAAUAAUGAAGCGCAGAGUUACGUGGACUGGCUGGUACACAUCCACCGGCAAAUCAACUUGGAGCUGGCGGGUCAUCGCAAGCGCGAGGAUGCCUCGGCAGAGGGAUCGUUGACCAGUCUUGCCGGUCUCCGCGCUCCAUACUGGUGA